UUUUAAGUAACAUCUAAAUACUUUUUAUCAAAAUUCUAGUUUGUUCGCUAAAUUCUUCAGUGUUUUAAAAUGGCUACUUAUAAAAUGCCUACUGUGCAUCAAUUUUUGAAAAAAAAGAAAAUUUAUGAUCACAAAGACCCAGUAUGGGUUUACUUAGAAAGAGAAAUGAGAAACAAUAUUGAUAAGAAACCAUAUAAUGAAAAAGUCGGCAAUUGGCUAAAGUUUCUAAGGGAUUUAAAAUAUUAUUAUUAUUGUGAAGAAAAACGCAAGCUAAAGAGAUUAAGCCGAGAGGUGGGUCCGCCUUGGUACUAUGAACUUUCAAGCAGUCAAAGAGAGGUACUUUUCGCUUUAAAAAUAAAUAUUCAUCAAGAUCUAUUAGAAGAUUUGCCUAUCAGAACAAGAAAAUCGUUAUCCGAUCUGGGCGUCACAUUAAAAAUUCCAAAACCACUUCUUAUGAAAGCGAUGACAAAUUCCUUCGAAGACCCCGGUGUAUUUAUUUGGAAUCUUUAUAGCGCAUAUUACAGACAGCCCCCGAGUGAGCUACGAGCUGAGUACGACAUGAAUGCCAUGAUAUUAAUGUCAUGCUUAGUGUUUAUUGACUUAGCUGAAUGUAUAGAGAAACUAGAAAAAUUAACGUACUCUGCGAAGAUACCGUCGGUCACAUCAGAUAAAAAACCUCGUAGAAAUUUUCAACCGAAUGUUCGUUACGGGGAAUAUCUCCAAAAAUGUUACGUCCCGUGUUACAGUACACACUCUAAAAGUAAUCAAUCAAAGCAAAAGCCUCUACCACUUGGAUAUAAAGUUAGACUUCGUAGUGAUGAGAGUUACGAAAGACUUUGCAAGAACCAUGAUUUUCUUGAAAAACGUAAAGAUAGAAAUAAAAAGGAAAAGCAAUUAGAAAGAAUUUGUAAAUACAAGUUUUGGGAGCCUCCUAGUACAUUACGUAAUACUGAUCCUAAAAUGGUAGCAUACGUAAACAAACUGAAAAUGUUCAAGAAGAAAGCGAAACCUAAGUAUAAGGCACCGUAUAAAAAUGUUCAGUAUCUCGUCGGAGGCGUUUCUUUUGUAGGUGGACAACCCCGAUACUUAUUAAAUAAUGUUUCUCUGCUACCGACCGGUUAUAUACCCAUUAAUAAUGGGUUUGCUUGCUUCAAUGGUGAAUUUGUCACCAAUAUACAUGGUUACUGGAAAUUUCCGAAAGAAGUUAAAGAAAUAUGUGACACAAAUUGUGAAUGUAUAUCUAAAUGGGACGAUGUUGUAAUGACAUAUCUUAAACAAUCCAAAUGUAAAUGUGGUCACCUCUACGAUUUUUACAACGAAGGAAUACCUUUAGAAAAAUAUUUCUAUCAACCGACGAGAAAUGGACCAUAUUGGAUUGAUAAUGCUAAAGUUUAUCAAUUAGAUCCUAUGGAGGAUUUCAUAAAAGAAACUGUCAGAGAAUCACUAAUGUCUGCGGAACCAACGCCUGAAGCUUCGAUGCCAACAAUAUUACCUUCCGGUUUAAAAGAGAAGGAUUUACUUGCGGCAUUUUUAGCUGACUUGUCAGAUACACCUCUUUUAAUUCCACACUUACCACAAGCAAAUCUUUUAAAUAAUCUUCAGGAGUGGGUCAGGAAAAGAGUAAAGGGUCAACUUACACCAGCCGAUGACAAACAACUAUUAUUGCAAUCUCAACGCAGAUGGCUUGACCUCAAGCAUAUGGAUUUUAGAGCUCGUGCAUAUAGAAUACCAUUCACACUGAAACAAUUAAAACAUAUGAACUGGUCCCACCGUCAUGUAGUACAAACACUGUUUGAAAUACUAUUAGACGACUUCGUAACUAGAAAUAGAUUAUUGCAACUUAAUCAGACUAGAUUGUGGUGGUCGACCACAAAAUAUGAUGCCUACGCCAGCAAAGCGUUUUUGGAUAUUUAUUUUACUUAUAUGCCUGGACGAAUGAAAGAUACAUUCCUGAUUAAUCCAUACAGUUCUGAAUUAACACCAAAACAUGGAGCGAAGACGUGUCCCUUAUAAGUAAAAAUGUGUUUUUGUGAUUUAGUUCUAACUCUCUGUUUCACUUAAGUUUUUUGUUAUUUAUUGAAUGUUUAUUUUCGUG